AAAUUAGAAUAGUAUUUCGUGAAUAUAAGGGAAACAACAAACGCGGCGUUAAACAAUAUUGUUGUCAGUGUGUUCUGAAUUGCAAACUGUAUCUGAACUUCAUAAUCUGGUAGUAUGUAUUGUAUGUGCUGAAUGUGUUAAAUUAUUCUUAAAUUAGAUUAGUAAUAAAAAACAUUAGUAAUAAAAAACAUUAGUAAUAUUAAAGAAAACACUAAUAUAAUGGAAAAGGAAGAAUUAGAUAUUUUAAAAUCAAAAGAUCCGGAAAGAGUUAAGGCAGUGUUGGACGAAUUUAAUUCCAAGAAUGCAAACCUAUUCAACUUUGAAAAGUUUCAUACAGAUGGGCAAUGGUUGACGUUGUGGCGCAUAGUUUUUGAAUUGCUUACUGAUGAUCAAUUACAAACCUUGCAUCCACUUUGUCUAAAUACAGUACGCAUCCUCACCAGAGAUGAGUUUGCUCUGCAAACAAACGACAUUAAAUCGGAUUUCUGUCUGCUAUUGGAAUUAGCGCGUUUGACGCUUGGCAGUGUCAUUGUAUCAGAAGUGAAGCAGGAGACAGAAAAUACUGAUUCAGUAGCAUCUCUUGCAGUCGGCAACGCUGACGAGGACACCGAAACAGUUGUCGAAGCAUUGAAAUGCUUGUGUAAUUUGGUAUUCCAAAGUCAUGACUGCAGAAAGCAGUGUGUUAGGAAUCGAACAGUGGACUUUAUAAUGAAACGUGUUACUUCUACGACACAGUAUAGUAAUUCCAUAGAAUUCUAUGAUAUGAACCUUUUGUUUCUUAUCACAGCUUUGGAACUAUCGACUAGGCCACGUGUACAAAUCGACCUAAACGGCAUCGUGUAUCUUACGAAAUGGCUGGAUGACAAACUUGUUAACAAAGAGCUAACAGUAGAAGACCUUAAAAUUUUGUGUGAGGUUUUGAAAGUCUUGUUUAACAUAACGACCAAUCCCGAUAAAAGUCCAAAUGAGAACGAAAUACAAAGCCUACACUUAACUAGUGUGGUGCGGGAACUGAUAAUACGUUUUGGUGAGAUAAAAAAUGAACAAGAACGUGCCGUUGUAUUUCAUUGCAUAAAUUUGCUAACUAAUAUGUCUAGUGGUUCUCUAACUGAAUUGGUGGUCAAAUGUGAAACAACUGAAUCAUCUCUCAGUGCUCUAAUAUAUGAAGAUCGCAACGUUUUGGCACUCGAUAUCAUACUGCGUUGUCUGCGCAUUGUGUUGGAGGAAACCGAAAAUACGGCUGCUUCGAAUAAAAUCAUUCUGCCUGUACUGACAGUGCUUGUGAAAUGUGCACGUUGUAAUCCCGUAAUGAGACAUUAUAUUAGAACCGUAAUUCUACCACCAUUAAGGGACGUCUCCCAGCUUCCUGAAGUGGGUAAGGAAUUGCGGAACUACCUUUGUCGCUUUCUAACUGUGCACGCAACAAUGAUACGCGAUUUAUCCGCUGAACUUCUUUUUAUUUGCUGCAAGGAAAACGUUGGCCGUAUGAUCAAGUACACCGGAUAUGGUAACGCGGCUGGACUACUUGCGAGUCGGGGUCUACUUGAUUGUCGGCGUGUGGAAAAUGCUGAAUAUUCAUCAGACAGUGAAGAUAGUGACACUGAAGAGUAUAAGCAAGCACAAAGUGACAUUAAUGUAAUUAUCGGACGUUACGAACCACCAAAGAAAAAUCCAUUGGAGGGUAUGUCAGAAGAACAAAAAGAACACGAAGCUAUGGAGUUAGCUAAUUUAAUAGAAAAACUGCAUAACAGCGGAAUUGUGAAGCCAUGUCGUAUUGGCGAAGAUGGGAAACCACAGCCGAUCGACCAUAUCCUACAACUUCAGGAAGAACUACCACAACAGCAAUUAAACCAAAAACACAAAUCGUAAGAAAAUGAACCAUAACGACCAAUUCAUAUAAGAAUCUUCCGUUAAAAAGAAAUUUAACAAAAAUUAAUAUACGUAUUAUUAGGUAUUCGAACUUUUGCUCUGAUUUAGCUCUGCUUAUACAAACGAUAUAACCUUAGCUGUAAGCUUUAAUUAAGAAAAUGAUUAUUUCAGUACAUAUGCCAAGGCAGUGCAGCUUUUUAUGGUAUGUUUCAGUUAUACAAAGGCAUCAAAUCGGUUGUUGGUGCCUGUAUUGUGUCAUCGUCUUUGGGUAAACUGUCUUAGUUUGCUUUUCACGCGAAUGACUAAACUUUAACAGACGCUCGGUCAUUGAUGAGUACCAAAUAAACCAGGCCCUGGCAGAAACAAAGUCAUCAGUUUGUUUUAUAUGCUUAACACAAUAAUAAACGCGCAUUACUUAGAAUAUAGUGAUAAUAAACUAUAUCUUUAAAAGUUUGUAUCAAAAUGGAUUUACCCUCAUUCGAAGAGUUUCAUUCAUAACAUCGAUUAGACUUUGUCGUCCCAUUUGAGAUUAGUUUGUUUUUACUUAUACUCAAGUAUUUGUAUAAUUUUGUCUAAACUAUCAUUAUAUUGUGGUGUUGUAGAUAAUGUAGUUCAACAAUUCCCUAAAAGAUCUGCUUUGUUAGCUUGCCUUGCGAACUUUGACAUUCCAAGAGUGUUGUAUGCCGUUUUUGGAAUCAAAGUUAUACUGUGUAAACCUGCAAGAUACUAAUGUACUAUGCAUAAAGCUACAAAACUAUUUAUAAUUACAGACAUUUAGAUAUAUUAUAAUAUUAUAAGAAUUAGGGACUCAGAGCUUAUGUGGGAACAGACAAGUAUGGCAUUUCGGAGUUGCAUUUGUAUUUAUUAAAUUCUUUUUUAACGCAUUAAGAGUAGAGCGUUUAUUAAUCGGUAUAGUUUCUAAGUUUAUUAAAUAGAGGAUUAUUAACAUUAAAUAUCUAUAUAUGAUCUUUUUAUUAUA